GAAAAGGGGAAAGGGACACCCUGCUCUGUUAAAGGGCAUAAACAAGAAACAAACUCAGAAAAUAAAACAGAAAAAUAUCCGGCCUCAAGAGCCGAAGUCGUCGUCUGGGGAGUGAUGCGGAUUAUGGUGUUUUAGUGGACAUUGUUGGAUGGGAAUUGCGGCUGUUUCUGAUGGAUUAAAACGGGGGAAUAAACCGGGAUUGACAGCAGCAAGAACGCUAUUUAAUCGCGUAUUAAGAGGUAUGGCUCAGAUGAGGAAGAUGGCGUGUGACGGCCUCAGGACAAGCUCCCGUGGCGAGACACAGGUCCCACUGGUGUCUCCCAGACAGGAGAUUCUCACCAGUCUGGUGUCUGCCCUCGAUUCAGUGUGCAUGGCGAUGUCUAAACUCAAUGCAGAGGUGGCGUGUGUCACUGUGCACGAAGACAGCGUGAUCGCAGUCGGAACUGAGAAGGGCAGAGUGUUCCUCAACUCCAGGAGGGAAAUCCAAACAGACUUCUACAAGUUUUGUCGAACGCCAUGUCUGCAGAGUCUGAACACAGUAAAUGCCCAUACCAAAGACCAGGAAGGUGAGCUCAGCAAACCGAGUAAAGAUGGAGAGCAUGGGAAGCAACGGAGCCCCUCAGACCCCCAGUCCAACAUAUUUGUUCUGAGGAAGAUGGUGGAGGAAGUCUUCACUGUGCUCUACAGUGAGGCUUUGGGUAAAAGCAGCCUGGUCCCUGUGCCUUACGAGUGGAUCCAGAAGGACCCCGGGUGUGUUGUGGCCCACGGUUUGCCUGAGGGAGUCACCCUGAAGAAGCCCUCGGAGUACGACACCAAGACACUGAUGAAGAUCCUGGAGCACAGCCACCGCAUCCACUUCACAGUGAAGAGACAAGCAGAGGAUUUGUCCAGAGAAGCCAAGCCAAGCACGGAAGUGAGUAACAACCCCUCCACCGCCAUCGUGACACAGAGCAGCCAUAAUGCAGGAAAAACAAUCUGCCAGGCUGUCACCUCACCAAGUCCUGCCACCUCCAGCAACUCUGUUCUGUCAAACUUCCUGUACGGGAUGCCCAUGUCCUCCAAACCCCACCCUGACAGCAAGCUAGACUUCAAACCUGCACCUCUCCUCAACGUAGGCAAGGACAGGCUGGCCAACUGGACAGAUAAGGGCUUCUCUGGGAAGGACAGUGCCAACACUGAUGAGCCAACAAGACUACCUGCUGAGCAGGGUCAGAGUCCACCUGGUAUUCACAUCUCAAAGAGGCUGCUCUUCUCUAUCGUGCAUGAAAAAUCAGAAAAAUGGGACUCAUUUAUUCGGGAAACUGAAGACAUCAACACUUUGAGGGAGUGUGUUCAGAUCCUCUUCAACAGUCGAUACGCGGAGGCCCUUGGUCUCGAUCACAUGGUGCCUGUCCCCUACCGCAAAAUCGCCUGCGAUCCGGGAGCCGUGGAGAUCAUCGGCAUCCCAGAUCAAAUCCCAUUCAAGAGGCCGUGUACAUACGGAGUACCCAAACUCAAACGCAUCCUGGACGAACGCCACGGGAUACGAUUUAUCAUCAAACGAAUGUUUGAUGAGAGGAUUUUUACUGCUGCAGGCAAGAUUGCCAGGGAGGAGGGCAAGCUUGACCCGGGCUACACGCCUGAAGACGGCUUCUCCGACUGUCUGGGCAUCCCUCCCACCGCAGCCGAGCUGCUCAGCAACGCUCACAGCAGCAGAUCAACAAGCGCUUGUGUGAGUCCCCAGGCUGACUCUGAAGCAGGUCCUUCAGGAGACGGAGUUCCUCUGAGAAGGAUUAAAACAGAGCCUCCAGAUGGGGAAAUCAUUCAGGUUACAGUGCCUGAUGCUGGCACAGGUGGGGAGGAGCCUGUUGAGUCUUUGGCCGAGCCGGUUUCAGCUGCUCCGUGUCCGACCACGGCCUCGCCUGUCGCUCUCUCUGUGGCCCCUGCUCCUCCGGCUCCUCCAGCUCCCCACCACCCACAGGAAAACCACUCAGUUGAAGCUUUGUCCCCCAGUGGAGCCUCUCAAAGCAUCAGGAGAGCCACUGAUGCGGGGAGUCUGGUGGAGGACAUCGGUGAAAUGAUCCUUCAGCUCCGGAGACAAGUGGAGAGCCUCUUCAGCAUCAAGUACGCCGAAGCUCUGGGUCUUCCUGAACCAGUCAAGGUGCCGUACUCCAAAUUCCAGAUGUACCCAGAGGACCUGCACGUCACCGGGCUGCCGGAGGGAAUCUCCCUCCGAAGGCCCAACUGUUUCGGAGCGGCCAAGCUACGCAAGAUCCUGGCUGUUAGCAGUCAGAUCCAGUUUGUUAUUAAAAGGCCUGAACUUUUAGCUGAGGAAGUCAAACAAGAGAUGCCUUCGAUGCCUGUUUGUGAUGCAGAGCUAGAUGCCAAGGACGCAGCACCAGCAGAGGACACAGCAGCUAUAUCCAAGAGACCCGGAUUCUCAGAGUGCAUGGAGUCCAAGCUCUCCAGGAUCGACUUGGCCAACACGCUUCGGGAGCAGGUCCAGGAUCUAUUUAACCGGAAGUACGGGGAGGCAUUGGGCAUCAAGUACCCCGUCCAAGUGCCUUACAAGAGGAUAAAGAACAACCCGGACUCAGUCAUCAUCGAAGGCCUCCCCCCCGGCAUCCCGUUCAGAAAACCCUGCACGUUUGGCUCCCAGAACCUGGAGAGGAUCCUGGCGGUCGCUGAUAAAAUCAGCUUCACCAUCACCAGACCAUUUCAAGGACUUAUUCCCAAACCAGCACCUCGUCGAGUCACUUUACUAAAGAAGGCUUACGCCUCAAUAAGCGACGACGACGACAUCAACCGCAUGGGGGAGAAAGUGGUCCUUCGAGAGCAAGUCAAGGAACUUUUCAACAAGAAAUAUGGUGAGGCCCUAGGCUUAGACCGCUCUGUCGUGGUCCCGUACAAACUGAUCCGUGGCAGUCCGGAGUCCAUAGAAGUAAGCGGUUUUCCAGACGACGUCCCCUUCCGAAACCCAAACACCUACGACAUUGUGUGCCUGGAAAAAAUCCUUCAAGCUGCGGACAAAAUAACGUUCAACGUCAAGAGCCAGCUCCAGCCUUUUGCAGAAAUCUGCAGCCAGGCUUGCAACACAGCAGGAACAGACGCCUCGAUUAACCGACGGAAACGCAAGAGAGUGCAGGAGAGCAGCCGCAUACCCGCCUCCUCUGACCUAGGGAUAUCAGCCAAUCAGAUUCCAGUUAUGCAGUGGCCCAUGUACAUGGUGGACUACAGUGGUGUUAACGUCCAGGUUCCCGGUAAAGUCAAUUACUGAACAAACCCAGGCUGAAGCAAAGUUUCUCUUCCACAAAGGACACUAAGACUUUGCCAGAGGCAAGGCGUGCCCAUCUCUGCAGAACGAUUUUAUAAAAGCUACAGGUUCCACUUUAAAUGAGAGGAGCGGCAGAAUGUAUGUGCAUCAGAAAGCUUGGCUUGGUUUUGCUUUUAAAACAUGAAACAUUAUUUUACUUUAUAAAGAUGGAAACAUCACUAACAUCAUGUUCUUUCCUUUUUCAGUUACAAAGUGUUCAUCUACUGAGUCAUAAUUUAAAAUUUGGCUGCAGAAAUGAUCCGGUUCCACAUUAUUCAGAUAUUUGUACUUUUUAUUUAUUAUAUUUAUUAAAAUAUAACAUUAUGUGCAGGGAUGUAAAAUAUAUUAUUCUGUUAUACUUUGAGGAAUUCACUACACUAACUCAGAUAACUACAUAGGGAGCUGCUAAACAUGAGACCGAAACAGCAGCUUUUAAGUGUCUUAAGUUGUUGUUGUUUUGGUAACCAUGAGAUGAUUGAAAAAGACUAACAAUGGACUCAAAGUUUGGUCACCAGGAAGUACUUUAACUGUUAACGCCACAUUAACAUGUAAAAUAUGUCAUUUAAAGUCAGCCUGAAUGUAUCAUGUAAAGAAAAGAAUGGUAUGUUACUCUGCGAUGACCGUCUCUGGACUAACGAUAUUUAAUAUGCUGUACCUUAAUGCCAGUUAGGCCUUUGAAAUAAAAUGUGUUGCCUUGCACUUUGAA